GCUUUCUUACGCACAAAGCCAUUUUCAGUUCGUAUCGUUCAAAUCGUAAAAAAAUACCAUUUAUAAAUUAUAAAUUAUAAAAAAAAAUAUAGUGACAAUGAAAGGUGAACAAAAACAAAUAAGUGAUGAUGAAUUAAAUACAACCGCAAGACCACCAAAAAAAACGAAUGCAGAAUUUCAAAAGGCACAUAGGAAACGCCAAAAAAUUAAGAAAAUUGAAAAUAAACGAGAAAGAACCGCAAAACCACCAAAUACGAAUGCAGAGUUUCAAAAGGCAUAUAGGGAACGCCAAAAAAUUAAGGAAAUUGAAAAUAAACGAGAAAGAACGGCAAAACCACCAAAUACGAAUGCAGAAUUUCAAAAGGCAUAUAGGGAACGCCAAAAAAUUAAGAAAAUUGAAAAUAAACGAGAAAGAAUCGCAAAACCACCAAAUACGAAUGCAGAAUUUCAAAAGGCAUAUAGGGAACGCCAAAAAAUUAAGGAAAUUGAAAAUAAACGAGAAAGAAUCGCAAAACCACCAAAUACGAAUGCAGAAUUUCAAAAGGCAUAUAGGGAACGCCAAAAAAUUAAGGAAAUUGAAAAUAAACGAGAAAGAACCGCAAAACCACCAAAUACGAAUGCAGAAUUUCAAAAGGCAUAUAGGGAACGCCAAAAAAUUAAGGAAAUUGAAAAUAAACGAGAAAGAACCGCAAAACCACCAAAUACGAAUGCAGAAUUUCAAAAGGCAUAUAGGGAACGCCAAAAAAUUAAGGAAAUUGAAAAUAAACGAGAAAGAACCGCAAAACCACCAAAUACGAAUGCAGAAUUUCAAAAGGCAUAUAGGGAACGCCAAAAAAUUAAGGAAAUUGAAAAUAAACGAGAAAGAAUCGCAAAACCACCAAAUACGAAUGCAGAAUUUCAAAAGGCAUAUAGGGAACGCCAAAAAAUUAAGGAAAUUGAAAAUAAACGAGAAAGGUACAAUACAAAAUUAUCGAUGUGUAUGUACCAGAGGCCUGCACGAUUAAGAACCGCAAAACCACCAAAUACGAAUGCAGAAUUUCAAAAGGCAUAUAGGGAACGCCAAAAAAUUAAGGAAAUUGAAAAUAAACGAGAAAGAACCGCAAAACCACCAAAUACGAAUGCAGAAUUUCAAAAGAAGGCAUAUAGGGGACGCCAAAAAAUUAAGAAUAAGAAAAUUGAAAAUAAACGGGAAAGGAUGCAUGAUACUGUUAAUUUACCACCACAAAUACAGCCAUCUUCUCAAAGAUCAGUCAUAAAUCUUUCAUUCCAAGCUCCAUACGAGCAACAUACCGAAUGUUCAAAGCCGAACGCCAUUUUACAGCGUUUAAUAAACAUUCCUGGAGACGGCAAUUGUUUAUUUUAUUCUCUCAUUGAAGUUCUAAGGCUCAGAAUAACACCAUCGGAACUCAGAAAACAAUUACUGGAAUCUCGAUAUUUUCAUAUCUGCCAAAACCCAAAUAAUGCAAGAUGUAUACUUGUUAGUGAGUCCAAAUAUGGAGAUUUAGAUUGUAUAUCGAUAUUUUCAAGAGAAUACAAUCAGAAUAUUUGUGUGCAUUUUCAAUUCUUCGAUACUAACACAAGUCAAGAAAAACUGUGGUUCUGUUAUUUUAUUGUGAAUGAUACACAAAACUUCAUUCACCUCCAUCUUCGCAAUCAGCAUUUUACUCCGUAUAUUGACGUACAGGAAAUGAUAAUAAACAACAGAAUUAGUCCUUUAAACUUGGAAAAUAAUACAGCAGCCGAAGAAAAUUCCGAAGCAAGUGGAAUUGAAUUUGAUGACGAAAACGAUAUGAUUGAGAUGGAAUUUUUAGAAAAUCAUGUCACAAUUCCAGUUUACACAAAUUAUUACCAACACAGCAGUAGUCAUCUAGAUUUUUUCACUAGCUUUAAAAAUAAUACUUUUGAACAUUCUUGUGCUGUCUGUGAUAGGCUUUGGUGGAUGGAAGAUUUAAGUGAGACAUCUAGUAUACACAAGAAUAUUUUACAAAAAAUAUUGCCGAAUUAUGUGUGUGGUAGAAAUGUUGACAUUUGUUCAACGUGUAAAGCGGCUUUAAACAAAGAAAAAGUACCUUCAAUGGCGACAUACAACGGGUUUUCAUACCCAAAAAUUCCAUCCCAUCUGCCAAAAUUAAAUCUAGUGGAACAACGCCUAAUUUCACCGAGGAUUCCCUUUAUGCAAAUACGAAGGCUUAGACAUGUUCACGGUCAAUACGGUAUUUAUGGUCAAAUUAUAAAUGUUCCCAUUGAAGUUAAUACAAUGGUAAGCCAUUUGCCUAGAAAUAUUAACGAUGACCAUUGCGUUUAUGUACACUUAAAGAAGAAAUUAAUAUAUAAAAGCAGUUAUGUUCAUGGCCUCAUAAAUCUAAAUAGUAUUAAAAAAUGGUUGACUUAUUUGGUAAAAACUCCGCUUUAUAUCUACCAUAACAUCACAAUCGACAAUACAUUUUUAAACAAUAAUAAUAAUAACGAAGCAGCUCCGGAAUUAGUACUUGAUGAUGUCAGUGAGCAUGUGCCGAUUGAAGAUAAUCUCACAGCUCAACAACAAACUCUUAUGUGGAAUGAAGAUUUACAUUUGCAUAUGGCACCUGGAGAGAAGAGUAUUCCUGUUAGCGUACUAAUCGACGAACAUGCCGAAGAGCUUUCAUUUCCAACUAUAUACGGUGGUCAGUUUAGAAACUAUAGAGAAGAUAUACAUGUAACUGAAUUUAUGCAAGCUACUAGUGAAAUCCGGCGUACAGAUCGACGUGCUACUGAUCCACAGCAUCUUUUAUAUUUAGCUGCGAAAAUUAUGAGACUACGAGUCAGUCAAAGCGUGAGAAUUGCAUUUAAACAUGUUGGCUAUGACAAUAAAAUAACAAAAGAGAAUGUACAGUCUGAAGAAUAUAUUAAUAACUGUAUUGAAAGUAACCUCGCUUUUCUUCGUUGUAUUCCGAAUUCAGCUUGGUUCUGGUCCGAUCGAAAAAAAGAUCUUUUCGCUAUGAUUCGACAAUUAGGAGCACCAACUGUUUUUAUGACUGUCAGUGCUAAUGAAAUGGGUUGGACCGAUUUGCUUAAAUUACUGUAUAAAUUAAAGAAUAAUGGAGCAGAUAUUUCCAAUGAACUAUUAGGGGAAAUGAGUUAUAUUGAUAAAGCAACUCUAGUUAAUGAAGAUGCUGUUACUUGUGCCGUAUACUUUAACAAAUUAGUAGAUUGCUUAUUGAAGAUUUUUCAAUCUAAAAAAAGAAGUCCAUUUGGUAAACAUAGGGUAAAUAAUUACUUUAAAAGAAUCGAAUUUCAACAUCGCGGAAGUCCCCACGCUCACAUUCUGUUAUGGUUGGAUAAUAUUCCGGGAGAUUUAUUAGAUAACAACAAAGAAUUCAUUCAAAUAAUUGAUGAAUUAAUUUCCGUAUCAGAGCUAGAGGCGUCUGGAAAUAUAAAACUCCAAACCCAUAAACACACUUAUACGUGUUAUAAAAAAAUGGACCCUAAUAGAAAAGAAAACUGUCGAUUUGGUGCACCUUUUAUGCCAUCUCGAAAUACAAUAACAUUGUUACCUAUGAAAGAUACUGACCAAAAUUUUUCUGAAGAAAAAUUUAAAGAAUAUAAAAAUCACUAUAAACUACUUCGUUCAAAUUUAGAAAGUUUUGAAUACACAGAUUUUGAUCAUUUUUAUAUUGACAAUCAUAUUGAAUCCGAUGAACAUUAUUACAACAUCAUUCGUGCCGGUAUCAAUCGACCAAGGUUAUUCUAUCGUCGAACACCAUCAGAAAAGUGGUAUAAUUCUUUUAAUCCAUUUGUACUUCACCAUUUAAAGUCUAAUAUGGAUUUCCAAAUGAUACUAGAUGAAUAUUCGUGUGCUGCUUACGUUGUUGAGUAUGUUAACAAACACAACAGAGGUAUCAGCGAUCUACAACGACAAAUACUUCAGGUUAUGGACGAAAAUCCAGAAUUUGAUCUUGUGGAUAUCACAAAGAAAUUGAGUGUUGACGUUCUUCAUGCUGUUGAAAUGUCAGCACAAGAAGCUGCUUGGUAUUUGCUACGACAACCUAUGGCAAAAUCAUCGGUAGUGACUGUUUAUAUACCGACAAUAUAUCCCACUGAACGUCACAGAAUAAGGAAAACUAUGAAAGAAUUAGAGGCAUUGCAGGAUGAUUGCACAAAUAUAUGGAAAGAAAACUGGUUUGAUAAGUAUGAAAAAAGACCCGAUGAUUUGGACAACGUUACAUUGGCACAGUUCGUAGCUAAUUAUUACAUCAAUAAUAAAGGAGAAUAUGUAAAAAGGAAAAUUCCAAAAGUGAUCCGUUACCGUAAUUAUGAUAUGACUAAUAACUUCAACGACUACAGAAGAGAAAUGGUAUUGCUGCAUAUUCCUUUUAAAAGUGAAAAUAACGACGUUCUUGCUGAUAAUAAAUAUAUACAAAUAUUUGAAGAUAACAAAGAUUUAAUCUUAAAACGCAGAAAAGAGUUUGAGUCCAACUUAGAUAUGGAAAAAACCCUUGAAAUUUGUAGACAGUUGUGUAGAGAAAAAGAAGACGAAGAUGCUGAUGGUGAAGAUGAACAAGAACAUGCCAAUAUUGUCUUCGAAAAUGAUCCUUAUGCAUUGAUAGCGCAAUAUCCGGAUUCUACAAUCAAUGCUGAUUUGCAAAAUGCAGCACUUAGCAAACUUGGUGCUGUUGCAAAACAAAGAGAAAACUUGAUGGACACUCAACACUUCUGCGAAUUGAUGAGAUCGGCAAAUACAAAACAAAAAGAUCUAUUAAUGAACAUUAUUCAUCAUUUGCUAACUCCAAAUCAAGUGCCGUUUCAAAUUUUCUUCACUGGUCCAGCUGGUAGUGGUAAGACUUUUGUCAUUAAACUUAUAAUGGAAAUUUACAACAGAUUUACUGACAAUGAUGGUUACUGCAAUGCUUACAUAACUUGCGCUUCAACUGGCAAAGCUGCUGUGGCAAUUAAUGGUACAACAGUUCAUACAGCUCUUAAAAUUCCAAUUUCCAAAAUGUUACCUUUAUCAUUUGAAACAUUACAUUUGUACAGAUCACUUUUUAGAUAUGUUAAAGUAUUAAUCAUCGAUGAAGUAAGCAUGAUUAGUGCAGAGCUAUUAGGCAAAAUUGACAUGCGUUUAAAACAGAUUACCGGAAGAGGUAAAGCUGACUUUGGUGGCAUAGAUGUGAUUUUAAUUGGAGAUUUACGGCAAGCACCACCAGUAAGGGCAACAGCCAUAUAUAAGCCAGUUAAAACAAAUAUUUUUGGACCUUAUUUGUGGAGAACAUUAAAAUAUUAUCAACUGACUGAAGUAGUGAGACAGACUAAUGUUCAAUUUUCGAAUAUUCUAACUAAGAUAGGCAACGGAGAUCCAUUGGAUGAGGAUGAAUUUCAAAUUAUUGAAUCCAGAUUUUUUACCAAAGAAGAUGCCGAAAGAUUGUGUCCUCAUGGAGUUCGUUUGUUUCAUGAAAACGUUCGUGUUGACGCUUACAACAAUUAUGUUUUGCAAAAAUUUGAAGAAAAAGUAAUUUCGACAGCUGACGAUGUGAUCAUUGGUUCAAAAAGUCGUGAACAAGAGACAAAUUGUCGUCAGAAACUGCAUAAAAAGAAUCUCAAUGAAGUUGGUGGGUUACCGUAUCAAAUUACUUUUGUUAAAUCUAUGUAUUACCUUAUUACCAAGAAUUUCAGAGAUUGUCGCUAAAUUCUUUACACACUAAAGCCCAAACGAUCUUGGAUUUUCUUCAAACUAAAAAUGGCAUUUCCAUAACUACAUUAAAUUGUCAAAGUCUACAACGCCAUAGAUUGGAUUUGUCGGAUUCUGUAAUUCAAAAAACUAAUUUCUUAUUUCUUUCCGAAACGUGGAUGAGCAGUGACCAACAGAUUGAUAUUCCUAACUUCAACUGCAUUGCCCAUUUCAAGCGAGAUUACGUACGUACAGGUGGAGUUGCUAUCUAUCAAAAUAGCAAUGACACUACUAAUAUUUUAACACCAAAUAUGGACAUAAUUUUAAAAAAUACUAGCGACGUGAAUGUUAGACGUACAGAAGUUGGAGACAUUUGUUCAGCCAUAUGUAAAAUGAACAACGGAGUUGAAAUUGUCAUGGUAAUGGUCUACAUUUCACCAAAUACAAAAAUUGAAGAUGUACAUAAAACAUUUCAUCCAUCGAGCGCUUAUUGAAUAUACUGAUGAGGUUUCUGAAAUACUUGGUGGAAACUUCCAUCAGCUUCCAAUGGUUUUAUCUGGAGAUUUUAAUGUAAAUUUUGCUGAUGAAAAAUCAGAACCACUAAGAACAUAUCUUUUAGAAAAAUUUAAAUUACUUAUAAAUAACAAUCCAAAAGAAUCGACAACGAGAUACGGUACUACAAUUGAUGCUGUUUUUUCGAAGUAUUUGCAUAAAAUAGAAUCACAAACAUAUGUAUCAUAUUUUAGUUACCACAAGCCAAUAGUUUCAGUAAUAGAAUUCAAUGAAGAAACUGAUUAAUAAGUAUUACUUAAUAUUAAUAAUAAACUUUUUUGUAAUUUUGUAAUUUGCAAUUAUUUCUAUUUUUUUUCGUAUGUAAUUUUAUGGUGUCAAAUAAAAAUAAAAGAGAUAUAUAUUUUUGUUAUUUUAGUUUUUUAUUUAGAUAUAAUUUGAAUUAUUUUUUUAUUUUACGUAAUUCAUUAUUUCUUAAAAUACUAAAUUUUCUUAAUACUUAUCUGUACUUAAAUAAAAACUAAUCAGCGAAAUUUGAGAUAAAAAAUCAGGACAACCUAACGGGUGAUUU